GGACGGGGCUGGGAGUCAGGACCCCUGGGUCCCCACCCCCGCUGUGUCUGUGUGUCUGUCCCUCCGUCCACGUCUCCGUCUCUCUGCAGCUCAUGUUCACCCAAAAGACGGACCGGAAGGUCGUGGUGCUGGGCUGCGACCAGCGCGACCCGGCCUGUGUGUUCUCCGUCCGCAGCUCUGUCCAGAGCUCCUUUGGGUUGCAGAGGUCGGGGAGCCUGCCCCGAAGGCGGGGGGACCGGCCGGCCCCCCGCACCACCCAGCGCCCCCUGUCACUCAAUGCCAAAGAGGAUCUGAACCCAGACGUCCUGGCGCUGCAGCUGUCGGCAGGGGGCGACCGGCGCUGUGUGCCCCUCACACACCUCAAUGCGCCCCGGUACCCACAGGACAGGCCAAACAGGUGAGACUCCCCCGGCCCCCCCUCUUCCUGAGGAGCCCCCUUGG